CGUUUGCCUUUCAGUACGCCAUCAGCAGUCGUCGUUCAACGACUUGUACAAUUCCAUUCCAUCAUCAGACUCAACACUUUUUUUUUCUCCCCUCUCUGUGUGUGUGUGUGUGUGGGGAGGGAUGUAAUUUAUUUUUAAGAAAAAAUUAUUCUUCCUGUCUACACAUCGGUGAAAAGCUGCUAACCUCGUGCACAGCACGUCAAUAAGGCAGUGCCGAGCGUGAAAAUACUUUUUUUCUUUGUUUUUAGUUUGCAUUUCGAGAAGAAAGUUCUAUUAAAUGAACGCAAACGAUCGGGAAACACUCCCGGAAUAUACAAACGAAAUUGUCGUCAGUGCUCCAAUGUUGUGCUAUUCUUCUGUGUGUGUGCGUGUGCGUGUCAAAUGCUUUAAUUAGAAGGGCCAAUUUCGCAAUCAAACAAAUAACAAAAUCGCCCUUUUUAUUUGAUUUGAUUUUUUUUUUUUUAUUUGGCCAUGCUUUGGAUUAAUGUUGAAAUGGUGGACAUCAAAGUGGAUAGCUGAUUUCACAAUCCGAACUCAGUGAGAAGAGACAUUUUCAAAAUAUCAGCUGAUUAUCAAAAUUGACACUCAGUGGAUGCGUCUGUAUGAUGCGCGGCAUCAGUGUCGCCACUUUUGUUUCACCGUUUAUUAUAACAUACUAGUCCUCAUUCAUCCUCAUUAUAAUCCCACUCUGCAGAUGAUUGCGGGCUCUUAAAACUAAAAAAAUUCAUUUCAAUCCCGCAACUGUGGCUCGUAUAUACACGACACUAUAGCGCCUUCCUAAAUACGAAAAAAAAAAAAAAGUGACAGCCAGAGUGAAAAUCUUUAUAUUUUUUCAGUUAAAAAAAAAAUAAAUAAUAAAAUAAAAAGUAUUAAAAGGCCCGAGGGUUUUUUGCUAGAACUAAGGCAUUUUUCGCGUUUGUGUCGCCAUCCCAUCGUCACUAGACAUUUCGACUCAUUUUCUUUCUCUCGAGAGCUCAUCCAGCAUAUAAUAUCCUUCAUCCGGCCCGCCCCAGAUAUAUACAGAGACGUGCCACACACCGUCACACAGCAAAACGAAAAAGAACGUCAACAUUUUUAUCUGGCCAAAAGGAGUGACAGUUCUUGUCCUAUAUAUACUGUAUAUAUAAACGAAUCAGAACAGCAUACUAAAAUUCUUACUAGAACUUGCCGUGAAAGUGCUGUGCUAAUUUCGGGAAACGAAAAUCCAAAUGAUGAACGACAACAGUGUCAUGGCCUUCUUGGCAUUUUUGAUACUGGCCAUUUUGGAUCCGCGACUGAUCAGCCAAUCACACGCUUCAGUUAGUUCGAUUCAGAAUAACGUGACGGCCAUUCUCGACAAGCUGCAACGUGGCUACGACAAACGGGUUCGACCUAAUUACGGCGGACCGCCAGUUGAAGUCGGUGUCACAAUGUUCAUCAUCAGCAUCAGCUCCGUCUCCGAAGUUCAAAUGGAUUUCACGACGGAUUUCUACUUUCGUCAGUACUGGAAGGAUCCGCGUUUAGCGUUCGAUCGGCUUCCGGGCGUCGAACGCAUUAUGGUCAGUACGGAAUAUUUGAAAAGUAUUUGGGUGCCGGACACGUUCUUCGCCAACGAGAAAUCCAGUUAUCUACACAUGGCCACAACAUCCAACGAGUUUUUGCGCAUCACUCAUCUCGGCGAAAUCAACCGCAGCAUCAGGUUGACCAUCACGGCUUCGUGCCCGAUGAAUCUGCAAUACUUCCCGAUGGAUCGUCAAUUAUGUUCCAUUGAAAUCGAAAGUUUUGGAUUCGCUAUGAGUGAAAUCACUUACCAUUGGCUGGGCGGCAAGAAAGCGGUGGCCGUCUCUCCGGAUGUCCAACUUCCGCAAUUCAACGUGCUCGGCUAUCGACAAGGUUACAGAGUCGAAGUUUUAACGACGGGCAACUAUUCGAGAAUGUCGCUGGAAAUUCAGUUUGUCCGCUCGAUGGGCUACUAUAUGAUCCAGAUCUACAUCCCGUCCGGAUUGAUUGUCAUCAUUUCGUGGGUCUCAUUUUGGCUCAACAGGCAAGCCACACCCGCUCGUGUGUCGCUCGGUGUCACCACUGUCCUCACCAUGACGACGCUCAUGUCCUCCACCAACGCUGCCUUGCCCAAAAUCUCUUACGUCAAGUCCAUCGAUAUUUUCCUUGGCACUUGUUUCGUCAUGGUUUUCGCUUCUCUACUAGAGUACGCGGCGGUGGGUUACGUGGAGAAGAGGAUCCGCCUACGUAAAACGCAAUACCAGAUGAUGCAAAAGUUGGUCGAGAGCCGGAAAAAGACGGUGACGGUUGCCUUAGAUGCAGAGAUGGAACACACUCCUAGACAAACGGAGGUGAGAUUCCUGAUGGGCCCGCACGGGAAGGCGAUGCCGAUUCACGAAACGUCGGGACAUCCAAUGCCGUCGGCUCUUGGUUGUCAAGCGGUCGUCAACAACAGCAACAACAUGGUCAUCAACGGGCCUCGCAUCGACGAAGAAGCAACGGCCGUCAUGAUCCCGCCGGGCAAGGAUCUCAACAAAUUGUGGGGUUUCACGCCGUCCGACAUUGACAAGUACUCGCGCGUCGUCUUUCCCGUCUGUUUCAUCUGCUUUAAUCUCAUGUACUGGAUCAUCUAUUUGCAUAUCUCCGACGUUGUGGCCGACGACCUAGAAUUCAUCGACAGGUCGUAAUUUUCAUUUGUUUUCUUUGUUUUCAAGGCCUAACGCACACGCUUAUAAUUCAAACCAAACAUCCUUUGCCCUGCUCUCCGUUUAUAUUCAUUUAUAACGUCUAUAGUUACACAUUUAUGGCGCAUAAGGAGAUUGGAGAAAAAGGGCGGGCUGAUUCAAAUCGGGUCGAUCUAUACAAGUCAAAUAUAAGUGGAAAAAAACAAACAAACGAAUGCUGAUGAUGCGCUGCGUUUUAUUGAUUCAAACCAAAGGCAAACGUAUAUUACCAUACAGACACAGCAACUAAAGGGGAAAUAAAAAUGUAUAUGAAGCGAGUGUCUGAUGGGGCUAUAGAUCGAGUUGAUUUCCAAUCACGUGACGCCUAUACAUGUAGCCUAUAAUACUAUGCUCCUCUCCGUUCGGGAAUAUCUCGUUCACCAGCAAAUGAAUUGUUCAGCCGGUUUGAUCCACAUCGUCUGUGUCUGACUUUAUAUAGUAUCUAUUACGAUGUAGAUACUAUAUAUACAAGUUGACACUGGUGUAUUUUUAGUGGCUUUGUUUGUUUAUUGGAUUUUAUUUUGAUUUUUUUCGUGGAUGCUCUCAGCAGCGCUCGAUCAAAACUUCUUUCUCCGAUUGCUCACAACGCCCUUCUAGCGCCAAUCGAUCGACGUAAAUCGAGUUGUUGUUGUCUUUUGGUUGUAAAAAAAACAAAAAAAACAACAACAAAUAGAAAGAGCCAAUUCCCUGCUCUUCAGUAUUUCCCCUCCUUCCCCCCCCCCGCCGUAAAUACACAACGUUGCGCGUUGCGCGUCUUUUGAUUUCAUUUCGUCCUUUUUUCUCGCGAUAUCCGAAAAAGAAAAAAGAAACUCGUCAACUAUUUUCGUUUUUUUUUUCUUCUUCAAGUGUUGCCAGCGACAUGAAAGAGUUUGAGCGCCGCGCUUUAAACUUUAGAGCGCAAAGAGUUUGAAUUCGAUUUGAUUUGUUUGAUUCGUUUGUUUUUUUGGUUUCAAAUUGGGAAAGAAUCACUUGUUGAAUAAGGGAAAAAAAAACAGAGUCGGGGUAGUCUACGUUCAUUUUUUGUCAAGUGAAUAUUUGAUUCAUGUCGAUUGGCGAUCAUAUAAACUCAUUCGUUUAUCGCCAUUCAUCGACAUUGGUCUCCAAGUUCGGACGAUACGUGGUCGCGCGAUUUCAUUUAAUUACUGCAAAUAUAUUUCUCGAAUAUUUGCCAAUUAUUUAUUAUGUGUACAUAUAAUAUACAGUCUAUACUAUAUAAACUCAUUUCACUCACAUAUACAUAUACUUUAAUGGCCCGCAUUUUUUGUACGCCCCAAAAACCGAUCUCCCCUUUUUGUUGUUUUUUUUUUUUUGAAUAUGCAAAUGAUCUCAUCAGUCAAAACAAAUUUUGUUUUUCAAUUCCCUGUGCUCCCUGGCGGUUAUCGUUCAUUAAUUAUGUCUGUGUACUACAAUGCUCAAAUGCGGUGUCGUUCCAUCGUCUCUCACAUUUACCCGCGUUAUAUCGAAAACACUCGUUCUGAUUUGAUGUUGAUUUUUUUUUUAUGUUUGAUCUCUCGUCAGGCAAUUGAACACACGAACAAUAAUAUAAGAAGACGCUAUUGAUCUCGUAUAUAUAUUACACAGACACACCUGCUAAUAUUACAAACCAAUUAAAAACAUGCACAAGCGACAACGCCAUCUUCAUUUUGUUUCUUGAAAUGUAUUAACGAAAAAAGACUAUAGCACGUUAUCUAUUGAACACAGCCCAGUUUCUAAAUAUAAAUAUAUAUAUGUAUAAUAUAUAUAUCUCAGCAGAAAAGAAAACAAUUUUUUUUUCGCCUUGAUGCUCACCAUUUUUUUUCUAAUUUCCGUACUAUAAUGACAUGCGAUCACUGUAUAUAAAUUAAAAAGGAUAAUUCGAAUUCGUAUUGAAAAAAACAAAAAAAUGUGCAAAACUAAUAAUAUUCUGUAUAGUCUUAUACAUUCUACGUCGUUUUAUCCAGUUUAAAUGAUCGUGUAAUGAUGUCAGAACCUGAUGCUGAUGACGUCUUGAAUGCACGUCGUUAUGCCCGAUCUUCUAUACAAGAAUUUUUCGUUUUGCUUCUUUUUGAGAGUUUUUGUUUUUUAAUUGUACGUUCGUGUGGAUGUGUUUUUACUUGUGGUUGCGCAUUUCUCAGUCGUGUGUAACCUGUACAAGAUGCUAAAAUAAUAUGAAACACAAAAAACAAAAAAACAAAUCACUGAGGCAUUCCCCACUUAACAUGACGAAUCUCAAAUUCCUAAUUUUCCCUUUAUUUUUUAAUUUUCGUGCUCUUUGUUUUGUAUAUUUUCGUGAUUUCAUGUUAUACAAUGUUAUGGAAUCCCUCCCCCCCUUUUUCUAACGGUAUACAUUGGCCUAUAUACCUAUAAUUGUCCUUCCAAAGGAGCAAAUGAAGGCCGAUGUAUUGUUAUGUUCUCAAAAAGAAUUUCAUUUGUUGUUUUUUCAGACACGCGUUUCAUCACACCUUUAGGCCUAUCCCCCAUCUGUUACUCUUUUAAAACAAAUAUAUAUACAUAUAUAUAUACAACUAUCGUUUCUCUGUCCCUCAAUCUGACCCCGCCCUUGUUUGAUUGUAAAACCCCGGCAUCAGCAGACGCAUCAGCACCGCAGAGUCUAUAAAACUAUAUAUUGUCAAAUGCAUAUUAACUGAUGAUGAUCUCAUUUCUUAUAAUCCUUGUAUCAUGACCGAUGUGGACUGCUUUCAAUAUAAACGCACCGAGAAAAACAAAAAUAAACAUCAACACGAUUUUCAAAGUA